UGGAUCCGUGUUCAAGAUCCUCGCGCCCCACCGGUGGCAGCUCUCAACACAGCUAUUUACAAGGCAAAGGUGGGAGCGGAACCCUACUCUGGAAAUUUCUUCAAGUGCUCUAGGGCUUUUCCUUUCCUGGAGAGAUUCUUGAGUUCUUUUUCGAGCUGAUCUCCACUACCGCACCUCAAGUUCUGCGAAGUUACGGUUGCAUGUGUUUGUCUUUUCCUUCGAGGCAGUCGGGGGCUUGAUGCAUACUUUAUGAUCUAUUUUCAGGCCGCGGACAAUGUCUCGGGUUUAUGUAGGUAAUUUGGACCCUCGGGUAACUGAGAGGGACCUUGAAGAUGAAUUUCGUAUCUACGGUGUUCUCCGGAGUGUCUGGGUUGCUCGAAGGCCACCAGGAUAUGCAUUCCUUGAAUUUGAUGAUAGGAGGGAUGCACUUGAUGCAAUUCAUGCUCUGGAUGGAAAAAAUGGCUGGCGUGUGGAGCUUUCUCAUAAUUCCAAGGGUGGUGGAGGACGUGGUGGACGUGGACGUGGAGGCGAGGACUUAAAAUGUUAUGAGUGUGGUGAGCCUGGUCAUUUUGCUAGGGAAUGCCGCAUGCGUGUUGGUUCACGAGGCUUAGGAAGUGGCCGUCGACGAAGCCCCAGUCCAUAUCGGCGCCGUAGAAGUCCAAGUUAUGGUCGCAGGAGCUAUAGCCCUAUUGGAAGAAGAUCUCCAAGACGGCGUAGCAUUACACCUCCUCGACGUGGACGCAGUUACAGCAGGUCCCCUCCAUACCGUCGCUCUCACCGUGACUCUCCUUAUGCCAAUGGAGAUUAAGGUCGGAAUGUGAAUGGAGCAAAUGCUGGAUGACCGUUAGGAAUGGACUCUGCUGUAGUGUAUUACCUGUAGGAUGGCUUGAGGAAACUAUACGUGUUAGUUAUGUUGAUAUUCUGGUAAUGGUCAGUGUUAGAUAUUUGGGUUUUGAUGGCACCCGCAAGAUGUUAUAGCUGCCAAAAGGAUGCAUGGGACACUUUAGCAUCUUCUGUCUCUCUUCAGCUUGCUGAAACUUAAAAGGUCUCUCCCAACUUUAUAUAGCCAGUUGUGUUAUUUACUAAUUGUUACUCUUCCUAAUCUAUUUAUAUGCUAUGGCACCUUGAUGUAUUGGCAUUUAUGGAUCCUGAAUGAUGUUUUUGUUUUCCUUUUGUUUUGAGGUGUGAUUGUCGGCAAAUCGUCACUCACUUCAUCUUUUUGUCUGCUUCUCUCUGCCACAAUCAUGUCAUCUAGUUCCUUCUGCAUUCAAGUUGACUUAAAGUGAGAAAUCGACAAUUUGGUUGUGCCCCUUGAAUUUUGUCUUCUGCAGUGAAGCUUCUGUCUGUUAACCUUUUUGUCAGCCCUUCAUUAAAGGAUAUCUGCGGUUGCACCUUCUUUAUGAGUUGGAGCUGUCUAAGGGUGGAAGGGUAUAAAUAAUGCUUGACCUCUGCGUCUUCAUCAUUGAGUCAAACGUGCAUUUUUGGUCUGUCGCUGCUUUUAGUGUCUGCUUGGCAAAACCAGAAUUGUACUUGGUUGCUUCUCUGUACUUUCAUUGUCGGCUGCUUCUUCCAGAUAUCUGCAUAUCCAUUAGAACAUCUACUAGCCAUGUCCGCAUGGCUCUUGAAGGUGAUUGCGAUCUUCAACUUGGUUCUGUGGGAUGCCUUUGUCUUUAUUCUUCUUUGGCAUAGCAUCUGUUAUUAUGCAAGCUCUUGCGUAAUCCAUAGGAUAAGAAGGAUAUGCUGUGUCAACGAUUACUGAAAAACUAGCGUACUCCAUAGGAUGAGAAGGAUAGUGUUGAGGAUUUGCAAGAACUCACAUAAUCCUUCGGUUGGAUAGGAAGGAUACUCUUUGGUAACAUGCUGGUGCCGAGGGUCUUUUAUUCUCCACCUUAAUUAAGAGUGUGUGUUCUCCCCUAAGCUGACUUCGACUGUUCAAUUCUUCAUGGACUGUAACGAAUCUGCCCUCUUCAGUGGUUGUAAUGUUUGUUGGACAUGCUAAUCGUCUUCUUGGGCGCUUAACUUCGUCAAAUGCUCUCUCCCCCUUUAAGGCUUAGCAAAUGGAUUCGCUACAGGUCAUUGAUAGCAUUGGUUAUAUUGGUUUUGCAUGACUCAUUAUUUGUGCUUUAUUUUAUUUAAUUCAUUUUUUGGGACGGGGUGUUGCCCAUCCUUCAAUUCAAUGACAAUAAAUGCCACUUUGGUGUAUUGAUUUUUUUGGGCGAUGAAUGAUUACCCCACACACACACACACAUCAAGCAUGGAGUUUUGUCGCACAUCUUGUAGUAACUUGCUGCUUCAAAUGAUAGCAGCAAGUUGUAAUGGAUAUUGAAUAUCAGUACUUAUUCUCCUUAAUUGAAUGUUCUAAUAUAAUUUGAUCCUGA